AUGGCUUGCAGCAGCAAGCGUCGCGGUCGCACUACCCCCGCCGGCGUCUCCUCGUCGGACGCGUCAUCGUCCUGGCCGUCUAUGCAACCGGAUUUGGUCCGCCUGAUCGGGUGGCGGCUGCUGGAGACCGGCGACUUGCUGGACUACGUCCGCUUCCGCGCCGUCUGCGCCCACUGGCGCUCCAGCACCGUCUGCCCACGCGGCCGCGGCGUCGCCGACCCGCGCUUCCACCCGCGCCGCUGGAUGAUGCUGCCCGAGGGGCACGGCCUGCACCCUGGCCACGGCAAGCUACGCAAGUACAUACGCUUCCUCAACCUCUCCACCGGCGCCAUCGUCCGCUCAAAGCUCCCGCUUUUCAGCCACCACUGCGUCCUCGACUCGGUCGACGGCCUCCUGCUCCUGCAACGCGACCAGGACACAGCCAUCCGCCUCCUCCAUCCGUUCACGGGUGACAUCGCAGAGCUCCCGCCGCUCAUCACCCUCUUGAGGCAGUUUAACUUCCAAUUUUCGCCCGCAGAAGACAGCCCUCAGACUAGACGUAUCUGGAGUAAAUUCAGAAAGGUCGGCUCUACCUCCGUCAGCGUGAGUGCAGACGGAGCCAUCACCGUCAUGAUCAUCAUCUCUGGUAUCAAAUGUUUAGCCAUCGCUACCGUCGGGGACCAGCAAUGGAGCGUCGCACGCAGGAACCUCUCCUUCUCUCUGAAUCCAGUGUCGCUCCGAGGCAGGAUAUACAUUUUGGAUCAUGUUUCCACCACAACACAGAUUUUCCAGAUUCUACCGCCCCGACAUGAUGCCAAGGUCCCAGCUUCAUCUUCACUGCCACCACCACCAGAGUUGAUUGCCACGGUUUACAGACUUGCUGACCUUAUACUAGGCAGGUUUGUCCCGGUAACAAGCAUUGGGGACAAUGUUCUCUUCGUCUCCGGAAGGAUUUUGAGUGUCAGCAGUAAGGUGCUACCGAAUGUUGAGGGCAACUCUCUUGUAAUGGACAGAAGGAGCAUGCCGAAGCAGGAACACCACCAUGCUUCCAUGGUUGUGCCCAGCACCAACGUCACAAGACAGCGACCUACCACUUGGGGUUGCGGUAGUGCCCACGCCAUCGCCGACACCACCGGUGUAACACAUGGCUGCAUAGCUCUCGGGAGCCAGCAGGAUGGCUUUGUGAGCGUCGUCAUGUUCAGGGUCAGGCUGAGAGAGCUCCUCCUUCAGGUCGUCGCCGCCAGGUCCAGGCCCAGCUGCAGCUCCACACAGAAGCAGGAGCUGAGUUAG